AUUUCUCAAAUAAAAUUGUUGUGACAAAUAAAGAAAAACAUUGUGUUUUAUACCGGAUUUUGAAAUAAAUAAAAAAUAAAGCAUUAUUUGUGACUGGGAAGAAAAUGCACACAGAUUUAUCACCACAUUUGCAUACUCCUCAUUGCAAUCAAUUAAUCGAUGAUUUAAAAACGUGUCACGAAGAGAAUAAAUUCGCCAAAUUUCUAGGAAUCUGCAACACAUUCGAUUCGGCUGUAGUCAAGUGUCUAAAACAAGAACGUAUUGCUAGAUCUGCUGCCAACAGAGCGAAAGCUCGCGAAAGACAAGCUGAACUUAAGAAUCGUAUAAAUCAAAACCAAUAA